GGGUAACAGCCUCAUUAUACCAACCAUCCAAAGAGUAAUAAUUAGUGAAUAUUAAUCCUCUUUAUAAUCUGUUUUUUCUCUUCAUCCAAAAUAUUCUAUACAGAAAAAUGUCUUGUAGCUGUGGCAGUAGCUGUGGGUGUGGUAGCGAUUGCAAGUGUGGAAAGAGGUACCCUGACUUGGGAAUCUCAGAGAUGAACCCCACCACUGCACCGAUGAUCGCUGGAAUUGCACCACUCAUCAAAAUGAGCUUUGAGGGAGCUGAGAUGAGCUAUGGGGCAGAGAAUGAUGGCUGCAACUGUGGCUCCAACUGCAGCUGCGGCUCAGACUGCAAGUGCUAGUGAUCGACGAAUCAUGCAAGCCACACACACACAAAAAAAAAAAAAAAAAAAAAAACCAAUCCAUUAAUAGGAAAAUUAAGGGAUAAUAUAUAUAUAUAUCACUAUAAAAUAAGGGAAUUGACUAGUCUGGUUAAUGGUUUGGAUAUGUAUACUAUGUAUUGUAUUUUAAAUGGUUUUGAUGUAAAUAAAGACUGUCAUGUAGUGAUUAAUGUACUAACUCCAUUUCCUGUCCUAUAGACUGGUUUUGUGGGUUUGUAUAUGUAUGUAAUCCAUGGCAGUUUGUAUACUUUGUAUAACAUGAUUGUCCAAGAUCUUUUUCAUAUAGUGGUUGUGACGUUUGAUCCUUAA